CAGAGCUGAUCACAGCUGAGAACACCACACUCACUGCCCUGAAACACAGAAAAACAGCUUUAAAAUCAGACAGAAGACGCUUUAAAAAGCCCCUUCAGCAGCUCAGUCCAGCUGACUAGUCAGAGCUGAGAGACGCUGCAGAGAAACGGUGAAGAAGAGGAGAGAGAUCAGUGAGGAAGAGGAGGGCGUGACAGGGAGAACAGCCGAGCAGGCAAGCUGCUGCUGCAAGGAGACGAAGAGCAGGCGAUGCAUCAGCCAAAGCCAGAGGUCAAGAAGAAAAGCUUACGGAUAGUGAAGAGGUAGACGAGAGGAGGAAGAGGAGGAGGAAGAGAGGAACAAACAGCUUCUCUUUGUGGUGAAGCAGCGAUGUGAAGCAGCAGCAACACACAAACUAAUGCUGUCAGAGAUGAUGUGCAGGAGGAGCUGCAGCCAGCAGGAGCAGCAGGAGCAGCAGGAGCAGGAGAGGAGAGAGGGAGGAGAGGGAGGAGAAGGAGGAGAGGGUCUGCAGAGGGAGGCUGCCAGCCGCAGGAAGCACGGCUGGUCCAAGAGCUGCAGGGGGCGGCGGGCAGGGGGGGGAGGGUGGCCCCGGGGGCGGAACAGCCACCACCACCACCAUCCUCAGGCCCCCAGGCCGGGGGUCUCCCUCCGCCCCGUCAACGUGAAAGGCAACAGGGCGAGGGGCAUGCGGGCCCCCAAGAACACCAACCAGUUCCUGAUGCACGAGAAGUACCAGCUGCUGCACCUGCGCUCCGACUCGGUGGGCAGCGACAGCGGCAGCAGCUCCGACAGCGACCUGGAGCUCACCGACAUGGACUCGUACCUCGGAGUCCUGGAGAACGCCAGAGGGGCCCUGCUGGACAGCCCCAGCCCCCCCCACCACCACCACCACCACCACCACCACCACGGGGGCUCCACGCCACCAGGACCACCAGGACCAGUACUGCUGCUGCACCAGGACGCCCUGCAGCUGCAGGAGGACGGUCUGCGUCUGCAGGACAGUCUGCGUCUGCAGGAGGACAGCAUGCAGUACUUCCCGUCGGAGGACGACCUGAUCCAGAGCCAGAACUUCAUGCAGAGGGACUUUGUGGAGUUCUGUGGCAUCCUGACGCCCUGAGGGGAAACUUUCAGGAGCCAUUUUGUUCCUCAGCAGCAGCAGAGAGACUCAGAUCCUCCAGCUGAACCAGCGGGGUCAGGUCUGUUUGUUCUGCUUCAUGUGCUCAGACGUUCUAACAGAAAUCUGCAUCUUUAUCGAGUCAUUUAGCCUUAAAUGUUCACUCUGCAGCCUGCAGGGUGAGAUGAUUCUACAUGUUUAUUACUGCUGACAUCAACUUUUUAAGAAGACUUUAUACAUCAAGUGUCAUGUUGUUCAUCCUGGUCCAGUCUGUGUGGAAUCAUCUCACCCUGCUGCUGUGUUGGAGGUUAAAGAGAAGGUACAGAGUAACUGUGGUGACUCAGACGGUGUUCUACAUGUCUGCUUGUGUCCGACGUGUCUGUAAAGUGCUGCCUUUCAUUCUCUUGUUGUUGUUGCACACAAAGGGAGGUGGGUUGGGUGGUGGGAGUGAGCCCCGGCCAGCCAAUCAGCAUCGAGCUGGCUGGAUCAGGCUGCGGGUGAUUGGCUGAUGCAGACUGUCGUUAUAUAAACAAAUAAAAAAGCCUUUUACUGUGCAGGAAAAAAAGCAAAAAAAUCAAAUAAAUAUCUCAUUGAUGUAAAAACGAGCUGAUUGAUUGUCUUUGUGGAAACACGUGUGACUGAGUUUUUUUAAUGAAAUGUUAAAAUUAUAAGGGUCAGUGUGUCAC